AUGACAGGCGGCGGGAACCGGCGCGCCAUGGGCACCCUCCACCUGCUGCUGCUGCUGGUGGCCGCCCUGCCCCAGGCAGCCCCGAGGGUCGGUCGGGGCUCCGCAGCCUGGACCGAGGAGAAGAAUUAUCACCAACCAGCCAGUUUGAAUUCAUCGGUUCUUCAGCAAAUUGCAGAAGGCACCAGUAUUUCUGAAAUGUGGCAAAAGGACUUACGACCAUUGCUGAUAGAACGAUACCCGGGAUCUCCUGGAAGCUACGCUGUUCGUCAGCACAUCAUGCAGCGAAUUCAGAGACUUCAGGCUGACUGGGUUGUGGAAGUAGACACCUUCUUGAGUCAGACACCCUUUGGGUACCGGUCUUUCUCAAAUAUCAUCAGCACCCUCAAUCCCACUGCUAAACGACACUUGGUCCUCGCCUGCCACUACGACUCUAAGUAUUUUCCCCAUUGGGGCAACAGAGUGUUUGUAGGAGCCACUGAUUCAGCCGUGCCAUGUGCAAUGAUGUUGGAACUUGUCCGUGCCUUAGACAAGCAACUCCUUUCCUUGAAGAAUAUUUCAGACUCCAAGCCAGAUCUCUCACUUCAGCUAAUUUUCUUUGAUGGGGAAGAGGCUUUUCUUCACUGGUCUCCUCAAGAUUCUCUGUAUGGGUCGCGACACUUAGCUCUGAAGAUGGCAUCGACCCCACACCCACCUGGAGCAAGAGGCACCAACCAACUGCAUGGCAUGGAUUUAUUGGUCUUAUUGGAUUUAAUUGGAGCUCCAAACCCAACAUUUCCCAAUUUUUUUCCAAACUCUGCCAGAUGGUUUGAUAGACUUCAAGCCAUUGAAUAUGAACUCCAUGAACUGGGUUUGCUCAAAGAUCACUCUUGGGAGAGGCAGUACUUCCAGAAUUAUGGUUAUGGAAGUGUAAUUCAGGAUGACCAUAUUCCAUUUUUAAGAAGAGGUGUUCCAAUUCUACAUCUGAUACCAUCUCCUUUCCCUGAAGUCUGGCAUACCAUGGAUGACAAUGAAGAAAAUUUGGAUGAAUCAACCAUUGACAAUCUAAACAAAAUCUUACAAGUCUUUGUGUUGGAAUAUCUUCAUUUGUAACAUUCUGAUUUAAUUUAUGGUAAUUGCUUCUAGCAUCAAAUUCGAAAGUCAAGGCAUCAUUCAACAUAAUCUGACUCCAGACAAAUGCUGUGUGUGAAAACUUCUAUCCUAUAGAUCCAUUCUGUAGGUGUCUUUGCAUA